CCCUCCUCCCUCCAAACCAAACUCCUUGUUCUUCAUCACCAUCGUCAGGCUCGAGCUCGCUUUCUUGAUUCGUCUACAGAGUGAAACUGGUUCUGAAGAUUCAGAAAUAAAGUCGGCUUUUCGGAGUUUUCGGGCAGCUUAAAAGUACUUGCUCUUGAGGAGCUUUUCUUUGUGUAGGCCCUCACAAAUGGCGGUAAAGAUGAAAGGGAUCUUCAAAGGGCUGAGGAUAUUCUCGCACAUGUUUGCUCAAAAGGAGCAUGAGAUGGAAAUCGGGUUCCCUACAGAUGUAAAGCAUGUGGCUCACAUAGGGUUGGGCACCAGCGACACAUCUCCAAGCUGGAUGAAUGAGUUCAAGUCGUCAGAAGAUAUGUCUGCAGGCUCUCUGAGCACAGCUGAGCAGUCAAGGCAGACUUCUUGGACCUCUACAGACUUUGAGCCAGCAAGAUCCAUGCUGCCAACUGAGAUCAAUUUCCCAGACAGACCAGCGCAGGAGUCCUCCUCCUGCCCCCCAAGAGGCCCCAGGAAGGCAAGGAGGAAGAAGACCAGGACAUCGUCCCCCACCUCCUCUGCAAGAUCAUCUUCCUCGAGGUCGAGGGCCUCCUUCGCGACGGCGUUCGACGAUUUCAACGAGUCGCAAAGAGGGCUCCGGGUCGUGUAAAAAAAUCAUGCGUGGCCACCUUGCAUAUAAUACAUGUUUCGGGUUUAGGGAGGGGAGGUGAUUUGUGAAUUGCUUUAUUCUUUGUCCAGUUUAACAGAUGGUUGGGAAUGCAAAAGUAAGUUGGAAGUUGAUCGAUGUUUGU